AUGAACUUUCCAUUGCUCUUGUGGAAUAUCAUAUUUCUGGUACUUUAUGCGCAGGCAAAGAUUCAUCUACAGCCGCAGAAGACUCCCAUUACAGCUGGUUCGAAAACGAUCGUGGUGUGGACGAGAAAUGAGUCCGACCCAACAGAAUUUGCUGUUGGCUUGAAGAAUGGAAAAAAUGUGCUAACGUCAGAACCAGUGCUUAUACGUGCAGCCGAAUGGCAGACUAAGGGGGAAGCAUCCGUUAUUUUCAAUGAAACCGGGAGUUUUCAUCUAGUAGCGUUCGAUCACAAGAUUAAGUUGAAUACCACGAUGAAAUUGCAAAACAAAGUCACACUGUCCAAGCCGAUCCGUUUGAAUGUGAAUGCCGCUGAAACUCCCUCCAUUACAGCUAUGGGUAAUAAACCCACUUCCUCUUCCACAACAAGUACACCCCCUUCUCACUUUCAGAUCCCCGUCAUCGUAGCGGUAUGCCUGGGCACAGUGCUUCUCGCUAUCAUUGGCCUUCUCCUCGUCUUUCUCGUGCUACGCAGGCGACACCGCAAAUCUUUCCCUAGAGCUCUAGACGAUCGAUACGCCUUUUCCCUCCCUUCUAACUCUGCUCCGAGUUUAUCUCGCCCAUCCUCUCGUUCUUGGUUUACCAGAACAUUCUGGGACAAUCCCACAGCACAGACCUCUUCCAUUACUCUCCAGAAUAAAGGAAACAAUGCAGAUGAACCGAGUUGGCCAGAUACAAUCAAUUUUUAUCAUACCCCUCGUCCUCCCCCCAAAGCGCUCGUCAAGAAGGCAUCCCCUUCUCCUCGUCCAGGUGGGGGUACUGAUGUGUCAAACGGCACCGAGACAUCCCUCAGUAGUAUGCACUUUUCUGCAAAGACAGAACGCCAGAUGGAGAUCCAGGAGCGAAUCGAGGAACUCAACGGGAAACUUGCUUUACUGCAACGAAGUAUCCGAGUUCCAGAGGGACGCAAAGACUCCAGAACGUUGAUAAACAUGACGCAUAAUAUGCGUAUAGGUAAAUGGCGAAACCAGAUCGAAAAGCUGCAGGAGUUGAUGGGUUCAGAUUGGGCUCUUGGACGCACUGACGUUGUUCCGAAGGGGUUGUAUGGACCUCAAUCGAUAGCUUGUUAA